UAUUUUCUACUCAGCUUCUCGCAGUUUAAAAUGGCGGCGUUGAGCAGCGCCGAGUCUCCACCGCCCGUCUUCAACGGAGACGCCAUGGACCGUGAUUCCGAGCGGGAGAGCGGACUGGACGAACUGGGUGCCGGGCUCGACCCCAUAUGUUCCGGAGGGAUCCCCGAGCGUCAGCAGGACAUUCCAGAGGAGAUAUGGAACAUCAAACAGAUGAUCAAAUUGACGCAAGAGCACUUAGAGGCGCUUCUGGAUAAGUUUGGCGGUGAUAACAACCCGCCGUCGAUAUACGUAGAGGCUUAUGAGGAAUACACCAGUAAGCUGGAUGCCCUGCAACAGAGAGAGCAGCAACUGCUGGAGGCCAUUGGGAACGGUACCGACUUCUCCUGCCCCUCUCCUACCCCCAACCUGUUGGAAGUGAAGAUUGGCGGGGCGCAGGGCUUUCCCCAGGCCCCCACCACCCUGGCCGUCCUGCAGACUCCUGUAGAUGCCGCCCGCGGCAACCCCAAGUCCCCGCAGAAGCCCAUCGUGCGGGUCUUCCUGCCCAACAAGCAGAGGACGGUGGUCCCGGCUCGCUGUGGGAUGACGGUGCGGGAUUCGCUGAAGAAGGCCCUGAUGAUGAGGGGUCUGAUCCCAGAGUGCUGUGCUGUCUACAGGAUACAGGAUGGAGAGAAGAAGCCCAUUGGCUGGGACACGGAUAUCUCCUGGCUCACAGGGGAGGAGCUUCAUGUAGAGGUUUUAGAAAAUGUGCCACUGACAACGCAUAACUUUGUGCGAAAGACCUUCUUCACUCUGGCCUUCUGUGACUUCUGCCGGAAGCUGCUGUUCCAGGGCUUCCGCUGCCAGACGUGCGGCUACAAGUUCCACCAGCGCUGCAGCACUGAGGUCCCCCUCAUGUGUGUGAACUACGACCAGCUGGACUUGUUGUUGGUGUCCAAGUUCUUCGAGCAUCACCCAAUCACGCAAGAGGAAGCGUCAUCGGAGGGCACCACCCCCAUGUCUGAGGUGUGCCCAUCCCUGCCCCCCUCUGACUCCACCGGAUCCCUCUGCCACCCCGUCGCCUCCCCCUCCAAAUCCAUCCCAAUCCCACAGAGCUUCCGGCCCGGGGACGAGGACCACCGCAACCAGUUCGGCCAGAGGGACCGCUCGUCCUCCGCCCCCAACGUCCACAUCAACACCAUCGAGCCCGUCAACAUCGACGACUUGAUUCGAGAUCAAGGUUUACAGAGGUCAGAAGGAGCCCCCCUGACCCAACCAGCUCGCUGUUUGAGGAAGCACAGAACCCGGACCACAAGUCCCCUCCUAUACUCCUACCCCAAUGACAUUGUGUUUGAUUUUGAGCCUGGUCCCGUGUUUCGAGGGUCCACGACGGGGCUCUCAGCCACGCCCCCCGCCUCCCUCCCCGGCUCUCUGACCAAUGUGAAGGCGCCUCAGAAGUCUCCCAGCCAGCCGAGAGAGCGCAAGUCCUCCUCCUCGUCCGAGGAUCGCAAUAAAAUGAAAAACCUGGGCCGGCGGGACUCGAGUGAUGACUGGGAGAUCCCCGAGGGCCAGAUCACCCUGGGGCAGCGGAUAGGAUCCGGCUCCUUUGGAACCGUCUACAAGGGGAAGUGGCACGGCGACGUGGCUGUGAAGAUGCUAAAUGUCACCGCCCCCACUCCUCAGCAGCUGCAGGCCUUCAAGAACGAAGUGGGAGUUCUCAGAAAGACGCGGCACGUGAACAUCCUGCUGUUCAUGGGCUACACCACCAAGCCCCAGCUGGCCAUCGUCACGCAGUGGUGCGAGGGCUCCAGCCUCUACCACCACCUGCACAUCAUCGAGACCAAGUUCGAGAUGAUCAAGCUCAUCGACAUCGCCCGGCAGACCGCCCAGGGGAUGGACUAUUUACAUGCCAAGUCCAUUAUCCACAGAGACCUUAAAAGCAACAACAUCUUCCUGCACGAGGACCUGACGGUGAAGAUCGGUGACUUCGGCCUGGCCACGGUGAAGUCGCGCUGGAGUGGCUCCCACCAGUUCGAGCAGCUCUCAGGGUCCAUCCUGUGGAUGGCCCCGGAGGUGAUCCGGCUGCAAGACAAGAACCCUUACAGCUUCCAGUCGGAUGUUUAUGCUUUCGGCAUUGUGCUGUACGAGCUCAUGUCCGGGGCGCUGCCCUACUCCAACAUCAACAACAGAGACCAGAUUAUCUUCAUGGUGGGGCGGGGCUACCUGUCCCCUGACCUGAGCAAGGUGCGCAGCAACUGCCCCAAGGCCAUGAAGAGGCUGAUGGCCGACUGCCUGAAGAAGAAGAGAGAGGAGCGGCCUCUCUUCCCACAGAUCCUGGCCUCUAUAGAGCUGCUGGCACGCUCCCUACCCAAGAUCCACCGCAGCGCCUCGGAGCCCUCACUAAACCGGGCUGGGUUCCAGACCGAGGACUUCAGCCUGUACGCCUGCGCCUCUCCCAAGACCCCCAUUCAGGCGGGAGGUUAUGGGGAGUUCUCAGCGUUUAAGUAGCAGUGCAGAUUCCACCAAUACAUCCCUUGUCACUUUUUAAAAGUCUUGUGUUCCUACAGUGGGUUCAUCCAUUACAGAAAAAUAGUUACAAAAGAAUGUGCUGUUUUCUUCCUCGCAAUUUGAAGAGCAACAUCUCUCGCUGAAACAGCAAAAUAAAGAUCUCUGAAGAGAGAAGACACAAUUAAAAUGAAAAAAAAAAAAACAGAUGCUCAUAAAGAAGUAAAACUUGAAUGAACAACGAAAAAACAACAACAAGUAAAGGUAAAGGAAUCCAUUAAAAGGAGGCCAUGGAAAACCCCAUAGGAGACAGAGGUUGUCGCCAACAGCCCCCUGCAGCCAGGCCAGAGAGGGGGAGGAAAGGAUGAAAGCGUGGCCACGCCCAGCCGAGGAGACGCCUCAUCUUGUCCCUCCCACACAGUGGGGUGGGGGAGAGGGGGGAGUCAGAGGCGGGGUGAGCCAGAGCACGGGAUCCGCACUUUGACCAAUGACACUGGAGAGCUAAGAAAGGAGCAGCCAGACCUGGUUGCUCAUUGGCUGGUAUCGGUUGACAGGCUUGUGUCAGAGCCAAUCCCGGAGAGGCAACGGAGGGCACAAAG